AUGGCUACUGUGAAAAAUGGUUUUAGUGUUACCGGUCAGAGACAAACCAUUACUUUGGAUUGGAAAACUAUUAUAAAAAGAUAUGAGGAUUUUUCAGGAAUAGGUCAAGCAAAAAGUCACUAUGAUGUAACAAAAAUGUUCAUUAAUUCUGAAAUUGAUGAGAUUAAUGACUUCAAAAAAGAAUUGAAAGCUAAUGUUAAUGGAGGUACACUGGAAAAAAGCAUAACUACGCUGACAAGUUACGCUUCUUCGUACAUAGAUGAUUUUAAAGGGGAUUUCCCUUUAAAAACCAUUUCUGAGAUCACAGAACCACUCAAAACUACUCAAUCAGUGUUCUUAAAUGAAGUACCACUCGAAUCAGAUGAUAUUGUUCAGAAUGUUCAAAAGGAUGUGAUAUCACAAACAGAUGAGAGUUUUACUCCAUCAACAGUUGAUAAAUCAUCUGCAACCAGUCCGCUGAAAAUAUCAAAUUAUUUGACGCGCAACCUCCAUGACAUUUAUGACGUUGAUUCUGGAGGUGAUUUGAGUUCGACAAAAUCUAAAAGAAAAUCAAUCGGAGAAGGAAAUACACUUUUAGUUCCUAAAGUGGAAAAGUGA